AUGGAAGUCAAUAAAUGGAACGAAAUGGAAGGCAAUAUAUGGAAAGAUAAUAUAAAUAUGGAAGAAGUAGAAUUAAUAUUAAAUAAAGCAAAAGAAUUGGAAAUAAAAGAAGAAAUAGAAAAUUUUAUAAUAUAUAUACAAAAUAUAAUAAAAGAAUUAAAUAAUUAUUAUUUUCCAAAUAAACCAAAUCCAGCCAUUUAUACUAUAUUGAAUAAUUCAUUAAAUAUAUUAAAUAUGAAAAUUAAAAAUAAAACACAAUCAAAAUUUAAAUUUAAAUCUAAUUCCAAUACGGUUUCCGAUACGGUGUCCGAUACGGUGUCCGAUACGGUGUCCGUUACGGAGCUUGGUCCAACAGAAACUACUGCUCCUAAGGGUACUGAAGUAACUAGUAAUAUAGGUACUAAUACUAAGGAUAUUACUACUAAGAGUACUACUACUAAGAGUACUACUACUAAGGAUACUAGUACUGAGGAUAUUACUGCCGUUGUACCAGACACCGUAACGGAAAAACUAAAUGAAGUAAAAAUAUUUAAUGAAAAUUAUAUUAUUAAAAAUAUACAAAAUCAAAAGUAA